UGUUUUCCACUUGUAGUGAGCGUUUUCCUCUGAUACACAGUCGUAAAACCUUGAACCGUAUUCUGAUAAAAUUCUGCGCGUUAUCUCGGCGACUUUGAAAGAAAAACUCUAGUGGAAAUCGUCAGAUUUUUAAUGAUAUUUUCAGGAUUCUAGUGUCAUAUAGCAAGAAAUCUUCAAUGAUCAAUACGAAAAAAAGACCUAUGAGAAUUCGAUUAGCAUUCUCUGCGGCAUUUAUGGCUCUUAUGGGACCCUAGAGCCUAUGAGUACGAACCAAUGUUUUAGGAGUGUAAACAUGAACAUUACUGAGAGAUGAAAGUGGCCUAUGAAUGUAGCUUGUCCGUCCUCAGCUAUGACAUGAUUUCUUUGGCGAGUGAGGAGUUGGGAGUCUGCCAAUGUCAGGUCGUCUAGGGAAGUGGCAUGUGUUAUAUCCCACCGCUCUCCUGGCAGUCCUGUUCAGAUGGUGAGGUGGACAGGAAGCAAUUUCAAGGUUGACAUUCCACUGAAAUUUCCUCGUCUGCGUCGUGAUGUAACAAAUAGUGAAGGAUGCGGGCUGAAAAGUGAACAGGAUGACGGUAUUGUGCAUCGUCCCUCCUUUGUUGUGUGGCAGCGAUGUAUGGAUUGGUCAAAACACUAUUGCGGUGAACACCAUCCGGAUCCCGCGCCUAUUACGUGGUGUGUGUGUGAGAGAGAGAGAGAGAGAGAGAGAGAGAGAGAAUCGAUGCCACAUGGAGCCAUGGGCCGACAUGCAGACAAGGUGUGUUGUCUGGACAGUGCAAGGUGGGAGGCGGGGCGGCGUGCAUGGUUGGGAUAGUGACUCCGCUGCGACGUGACUGCUCUCUUCGCUUCCCAGUACUCGUGUGUGCUACGGUGAACCUCCCUCCAGUGUGUGGCGUUGAAGUGGAAGACAAGGACCAUAAUAGAAAGGAGAAAGUGUUGCAGGUUUCUCCGUAGCAGAAUAAUCCCAAGGUUCACCUGUAUAUCUGGCAGGGUGAUAUAGCGUGACUCUUCAAGCAUCGGCAUCCUUUCCAACCCUCGCGGCACUAAAGUACCCCUCGUGCACCUUGCUGCCGAGGGGAGGGGAGAGGGGUAAACCUGUAUUGCAAAACGUGAUAGGGGCAACAGCGUAUAAUACCUUUUUUGUCUCUAGGUGUGUGUGUGUGUGUGUGUGUUUGCGCGCCAAAGUGCACUGCCAGACGUAAACUUCUUCCACAAGCAAGGAAUGUUAUGAAGUUUUUUUUUUUUUUCGCAGUGUUAAUAAUGCCACGUUUGUGUUGCUGAUAAGUGAGAACACGACUGCGAGUAUCCAUUUCGCAAGACAAAUAUUAUUACUAAUGUUAGUGUUGAACGUUCCUCUGUCCGUGGCUUGUCAUAUAGUGUGUUCGCCAGCAUUUAUUACUUCUUCAGCUAACUUUCCCGAAGAAGCAUAGUUGUUAACCUUUCGAGCACCACAACGAGGCCGCUCGUUACGGCGCUCUUACCCGUGACUUACAAGGUCCUUCGCUCUCCACUCCCUUCUCACCCACAUCCACGCCCUCUCCUUCCCUACCCUUCCCCCCCUGUUCCCUACCCAUCCACUAAGUAUCAUGCCUUCCUCCCGCCCAAAUAUUGACACUGAUUGCGUUUCAUCACUCGUAGGGUUAAUUUCAGGCGAUUAAAGAAACAUUUAUCUUAGGAUUCACUUGAAUUUUAUAGUCAUGGACAGUUGAUUAUUAUAAUAACGUUAACAAUGAUGAUAAUAAACAGUUGUCCUUUUGAAUCUGUCUUGAGCAUCAUCACCAGGAUAACGUCACUCCGAAGGUUACCAGAAUUUCGUACCCUUAAACUGAAAAAAAGUUCCCCUUAGCAUUAGUGUCACCCUCAGCUGGCCCAUUACAAACGUCUCUUACAAUUAAUAUUCGUUGAUGUUCAUGUAAUCCCGCAGUUUCACAAGAGAGAGAGAGAGAGAGAGAGAGAGAGAGAGAGAGAGAGAGAGAGAGAGAGAGAGAGAGAAUCUGGUUGAGUGGUAAUGGCGCUCCGUGUCUUAGUAUUUAUUUCUUUUUAUUUUUGUUAUUUUUUUUCUUCACAUGUGUGAGUGUGGUGAGUCAAGAUGUGCAGUCAGGCUGACGCAGUGCAUCGCCUCAGCAUACUGGCAGUCACUUCAGCACGUCCUCAUGACAGCGCUGAUCGCCGCGUUGAGACAACAUUGAUUGGCGGGAUCGUGAAGGUAGCUGUAAUGGUGAUGACGUCAGUGUAGUGAUGACGACUAUUGUAACAAUGUCUGUGUAAACAUUUGACAACGAAACAUAAUUUCGGCAGUGAUGCCAGCUGGGCGUGGCUCCGCUCUGUGUGUGUGUGUGUGUGUGUGUGUGUUCCCUGGCGUGACUACAACCUCGUGAGCGGGAUAAGUAGAAAGCUUCGUUGCCAUUCUACAUAACACUCUCCGCAUUUUCCACUCGUAUCAGGAAACAUAAGUAAGUGACCUGGACACUAUGUAAAGAAAGCACCAGUAACAGUCUCAGCAGUAGCCCAGAGCACUGUAGAACACGUAGAGUGAAGGGAGACACCCGGCGGUGGCGGCGGCGGCGCGGGGUGUGAGGGAGCGGGGCAGCCAAGGAUGUGUUUGGUCUGCUUCCUGCAGUACUUAGGGGGCGCCAUGGGUCGCACAGCAGCAGGAGCUUGCGGGGCCAGGCAAGGGGAGUAUGCCCUCACAGAAGGCGGCAAGCAAGAGGAACGACCUGCCUGCCGUUCACAUGACUGGCGCUACUACCUGUGCUGUCUCAGUAGCAGUGGAGAGCGCGCCGAGCGAGGAAAGAUGGUGUUCCUGCACGGUGUCCUGUACAUGGAGGUGAUCGAGGCGAAGGACCUCCCUGACGUAGACACCUCUUGGUUCCGAUCUGCAAAGGACGUCUCCGAUCCUUACAUCACCGUGGACACUUGCUGCGGGGGAAAGAAGACGUGUCGCAUCGCCAAGACUUCUAUCAUCUUUAACUCACUCAACCCUCACUGGAAUGAGAAGUUCAGAAUCGAGAUGUGUCACGAAACUGAGUCGUUGUUGUUCACCAUCAAGGACCUCGACCUUGUGAAGGUGGAGUGCAUGGGCUACAUGAGCAUCCGAGCCGACGACCUGCUGCAGGAAGAACCAGUCACCGGGUGGUUCCCUCUCAUCGGCAAGAACGGCGUUCCCUCGGGCUCCAUUAACGUAUCAUUACGUUUCCUCUCUGUGACUUCAAUCACACGCUCAAACGAGGUUCCGGACACAGUGUUUCCGUUGCGUUCCGGCUGCCGCGUCCGCCUCUACCAAGACGCACACACGCCGGCGGUGUCACCCAUCACAGACGUGGUAGCAGCUAAUGGGGACCCGUACCAGCCACCGCAGCUGUGGGAGGAUGUCACCCAGGCACUGGAGAACGCUCAGCGCCUCAUCUAUAUAAUCGGGUGGAGCGUAAAGGCGGAUCUUAGUCUUCUUCGGAAUGGCGAGUGUGAGAACCUCGGCGACAUGUUGAAGCGCAAGGCGGAAGAGGGCGUGAGGGUGAUGGUGAUGGUGUGGAACGAGGCCAUGAGCACUGACCUGUACACGCCAGGAGUAAUGGGCACCCACGACGAGGAAACUCGUAUCUUCUUCGAGGGGAGUGAGGUGGAGGUGUUCCUCUCUCCACGUCAGAAGAACAAAGGAAAAAUCAUGGAGAACAAUUUCGUAUCAACUCUGUACACUCACCAUCAGAAGUGUGUCAUUGUAGACGCCGAGGCGGAGGGCGACGAACGUCGGCGUCUGGUGGCGUUCGCGGGAGGCAUUGACCUAACGGAUGGUCGGUGGGACACUCCUGAACACCCGCUCUUCAAGACGCUUCCCCAGGAGCACCAACAGGACUUCUACAAUGGUGUGUGUCAGGCCAGUGUGACUACAGGUCCCCGACAGCCGUGGCACGACAUUCACAUGUGUGUGGAAGGUCGAGCUGCCUUCGAUCUUCUUACUAAUUUUGUUGAGAGGUGGCGGCGUCAGGUCCCUGACCGUGAACAGCGAUUGCUGGCGGUCUCUGAGGAUGACUUUGUGCUGGACUGGGAGGCACCUGACGAGUCCCCGUGGAGCGUGCAGUUCUUCCGUUCAAUAAAUUCAGAUUCAGCUCAGUUUGACACCAGUGUGUUGGAUCGCCUCUUGACCCGCAAAGGACGGCUUUUUGAUAACUCCAUCCAGCGAGCUUAUGUGCACCACAUCCGGAGAGCUAAAAGAUUUAUCUACAUCGAGAACCAGUACUUCCUUGGUUCAGCUCACGGGUGGCUGGUGCAGGAAGCCAAAUGUCCUCACCUCAUCCCUAUUGAACUCACCACCAGAAUCAUCAGUGCCAUCAAGGCUGGUGAGGACUUCCGGGUGUACGUUGUGGUGCCCACUCAUCCCGAGGGCGAUCCAACCUCCUCCGCUGUACAGGAAAUCCUCCACUGGCAACACCGCACCAUGGAGAUGAUGUACCGCAAGAUCGCAAAGGCCAUCCGCAAAGCCAAGAUCGACGCUCACCCCACUGAUUACCUGGGCUUCUUCUGUCUGGGCAAGCGAGAGGGGGUAGAAGAAGUGCCAGAGGGGCUAGAGGAGCCAGACCCCAGCUCGGUGGCUGGUAAAGUGCGUGAGAGCCUCCGAUUUAUGAUUUACGUUCAUUCUAAGAUGGCCAUCUUCGACGAUGAGUACAUAAUCGUGGGAUCGGCCAACAUAAAUGAGCGAAGCAUGAGUGGCAAUCGAGACACAGAGAUGGCACUCGGCGCCUUCCAGCCUCAGUAUACCAAAGAGGAGUGUGGCGAUGGAGAGAUUGAAGGUGAUGUGCACACGUUCCGUAUGUCUUUAUGGGCAGAACACUGCGGCUCUCAAAUGGAGGAGCACAAAAAUCCAACCUCCGCAUCUUGCAUGGCAGCCCUCAGGGAUCUGGGUGAAGCCAACCUUCAGAAGUAUCUCUCACCUGAGCCAGAGCACAACGAUUCUCAUCUGAUGAAUUAUCCGCUCGCGGUGUCGUCAGACGGCCACGUGGAGCCGAGAGAAGAUUUUCCUAAGUUCCCAGACACUGGCGGCUCCGUCACUGGCAAAAACUCGAACUUCCUUCCAAAUUCCCUCACUACAUGAGCGGGUCUUCACUGCAAGAGAGACACUGCGGGACUUGACUCGGCAGUGCCUGGGAGAUGCCACGCUGUCCUUGUUUGUGCGGGUUUGAUCAGUGUGAUGUUUACUCAUGGAAGGAACGCCGCCCUGCUGCAGAAUACACUGGUUGGUUUUACUUCAAGGUACAAAAUCGCACAUGAACACUAGUAUAAUGUAACUGUAAACACAUCGCUUGUUUUUUAUAUUUUAUUUUACUGGUACUGUUUCGUCGCGAGUGGCAAUGGUGUCUGCGUCCAGCGCACAUUUAAAUGUUAUUCAGAGAAAUACUACUAUUUUUAGUUGUUGAAUGUAAAUUGACAACUUUAUUUUAUAUAGUACGUCAUAACUACGUGUAAAUUGUUACAAUGAAAGUUGGUAAUUAAGAAACAAUUUUGAUGUGAUAUGUGUAAUGAAAGCAAAAAGAAAAAGGCAGCAACGAAUGUUCAUGCUUUCUGUAAAACAAUAUGCCACUCUAGAAGGUCAAUCGCAUGUUGUUUCUGUUGUGUUGUGUGGUUUUUUUUUAUUUUAUUUUUUUUUUUUUAAGUAAACAACUUCGCGCUGACUGCAGUGUAGCAUCGCAGUUGUGAAGAAGCCUGUAGGGCAGAGAAUGUACUAGAUGUUCAAAGUAUGCCUUAUCGUGUUGUUCUCGCCGCUUGGCCAGGAAAGACAGAAGUACUGUGUGUGUUGGUGCUCGACAUUUUGCAGCUAUUUCAUUAUGCUUGAUGACGCAUUUAGAUACUUUACUAUUACUGUUCUGUAUGUUUAAAACACUGGAAUGGGGGGAAUUCUAUCUUAAUGCUGGGAAAUUUUUGAAAUGCAUGUAUUGAAAUGUAUUAUUAUUCGAUACAGUUUGGUUGCAAGUAAUGGUUUUACUUCAGGAGAGAUGAUUGAAAAAAAAAAAAAAAGCAAGAGAAAGGCCCACAUAAGUAUAGGCUGGUAUACAAUUAUAUUUUAAAUAAACCUAUUACUUCAGCACAAAUA